CUUGACAAAUAUAAGAAAAUAUAACGGAAACUGCUGAUUUAAUUUGUACGGUCUCUUACAUUGAAUUCAAAUUAUCGUGCGGAACAAAUGUGUUUUCUUCUUGCCGAUGAGUCCUCUGCUGCUACAAUUGAAGAAGAACCCGACGGGAGGCAAACAAGCUCAUAGCUUCGGCUGCACGGAGGAUCUGUAAGAUUUCAAGAUUAAGUUUAAAGUCAAACAAGCCAAACGUUCUGGCCACCAGCGUUAAAGCCUUACAGGCUAAUACAUAGAACUCCUACUAGUAAUAGCGUAACAAACAUCUUCGCCUUUGAAGGAUCAAACUGAUGGGCAAGAAAAAGAGGGAGCUAAUAACAAAGUUUUGUCAGUAUUUGUUGGAGGUAUUGUUUGGGGUACGUUAAUUUUUCAUUGCAAACACUAAUCCAAUAGAAUUUACGAAAAUAAAUUAUCAAGACAAAAGACUGUUUAGCUUGUUUUACUUCGCGCAGCAGAUGUCACGUUAAUAAUCAAGGGUAUUGGGCUUGUGGCAGGAUGGAUGUGGGAAGAAUUUACAAUCUUCACGCAUUUUAUUUGCUAAUCCCAUGGCUGAUAGUAGCGUUUGGAAAUGCCAUAUUACGACUGGAGCAUAGCAAACUUGGUCAUUACGUCAGAUUUGUUGAUAAGCGACUAAACGAAUCAAUCAUAGCCACGCAUCACGUGAUGUGUCACAUGGACUGCGCUAUGCUCUGCACCAGUCACCCGCGAUGCCUCUCGUUCAACCACGGAACCGUACCAGGUGGCCAAAAUGUUUGUGAACUCUUGUCCUCCGAUGGGUACAGCCAUGGAGCGUUAAACAGACUGCAGGAGAACUCUUCCUUUUCCUUCUAUAGGGAAAACGAAGCCAUGGAAAGUCGGAGUUGCCUGGAUUAUCUAAAGCGAGGGAGAACAGAAGACGGAAUUUAUCUCAUCCAUACUCCAGGGGUGGGACAUCUGCACGAAGUCUUCUGUGACUUCUCCACUGAACCAGGGUGGGCGUGGACACUGCUCGUAUCCUUCGCACGGAAGCAUCGAAACAAAGACGCCUUUUGCACAGUGGGGUACACGCUAGACAGUCCAUCAAACGAAGAGACACCGAAUCUGGAAGACUUCAGAUUCUCAAAGCAACGCAUGACAGCUAUACGCGACCACUCGACGCACCUCCGAGCCACCACCAAUUACAAACCGGGGAGCGCCCUGUCGUACAGAGACUACAUCCGCGGAAAGAUUUCCAACCUCGAUUUGACCAGUUUUACAGGAGCAGAUUAUUGUAAGAAGGUAGAUUUUAUCAGUAUUCGCGGUAUUGAGGGGCGCGAUAUUCUGGUUUCUUUCUGGCAAAAUCUAAACUCUCCAUUACACAUUGACCCGUAUUUUGCAACCUGCCCUUUUAAUGCAAAACAAGGAAGUCAGUAUAAUGAGAAUAACUUUGGCAAUUAUUGUAAUGAUGGAGAAAUGAGUACAGGGUUCAGUGGGUCGGCGACGGAGGAAAGUACCACCCAGUGGUGGUUUGGGGGCAAUGCUUAUCAUUAAAUGACCAUUUGAAGCCCGUAACUAAG